CUCGUAACUAGUGCCAAUUCGUUCCUUGCUCCGAAAAGCCGUGCACAUGUCUGGCCAAGGGAAUAUUUGCCUAUCGAUCACGCGGCGCCGUGUUGUAUUCGUCUCAGCUAUGUAUGGGCGUCCCAUGACAUGUCGUGCGCCGCCGUAUAUUAAGUUUAUUCAUCUCGGUCAUGGCCAUGACCAAAAGUAACGCGUCUUAUGAUCACGAUGCGUUUCCCCCUUAGUAGAAGAUAGGCCGUCGGAGUCUUCUGCCUGCAGCUCGGUUACGUCUGAUUGUACGUACGGGCGCCGCUCUGCUACUGACUAUGGUAGACAGCUGCAGGCUUGCGCUGUCAGUAAGACCCCCAUCUUAGCAAUGGUAUCUGCAACUACUAGAAUAUACUUGAUUGCCCUUCAUACAUCCUUGGCCGGGAUGCUGUGGGGGUUGGAUACCGGUUCAAUUGGUCCUAUUACCCAGAUGGAACAGUUCUCCAGCUCUAUCGGCCAUCUCUCCUCAGGCAUCCUCGGGAUUUAUGUCGCGUGUAUUCUUCUCUCUGCUUCCUUGUCUUCGCUAUGUAGCGGUUAUAUAGCUGACUUGCUAUCUCGCAAGUAUGGGAUCCUAACAGGAGGUAUCAUAGUCCUCCUAGGAACGAUCAUCUCCGCCUCUGCGAAAACUUUCCCUGUUCUCGUAUGCGCACGGCUGAUAACGGGAAUCGGACAGGGUCAGAGUAUCUCCGUCGUUACCAUUUACCUCUGCGAGAUUUCUCCAGGAGAGAUCAGAGGAACGGUUGCGGCGGUGCUACAGUUGCUUAUCACUGUCGGGAUCGCUUUGGGGUAUUUUGUUGCGUAUGCGUCUUCGAGAAUUGGGGGUGAGUUGGCUUGGAGGACACCGUUUAUUUUGGAAGCGAGUAUGGCUGCGGUUUUCGUCUCCGGGAUGGCUUUCAUGCCGUAUUCUCCGCGGUGGCUUAUCCAGAGGGGGAGGAUAGAUGAAGCUCGUGCGGUUCUUCAGACGCUCCGUGCUAGCAGCGAGUUUGUAGAAGACGAGCUGCGUCUUAUUAAAGGCAGUCUCGAGGAGCAGAGCCAGGAAGAUGCUUCUUAUCGUGAGAUAUUCCAAAAGCGUUAUAUCAGACGGAGCAUUCUCGGUGUGUUUCUGAUGUCUUCCCAAAUGUUAUGUGGGAUCGAUGCGGUCCUUUAUUACGCUCCGAUCCUGUUCACUCAAGCUGGUUUUACAUCAACUCGGGCAGCAUUCCUUGCGUCUGGUGUUUCUGGAAUAAUCAAUUUGAUAUUUACGAUACCUGCUCAACUGUGGGUCGACAAGUGGGGACGAAGAUUUCCUCUGAUCGGUGGCGGUGUUUCUAUUGCUACUUGCUUCAUGGCCAUCGGUACCUUGUAUGCGAUCUAUGGCGGAAAAACCGAUGGACAGGUGUACUUGAGUGGCAGAGGGCCGCAAUGGGCCGUCAUCAUACUCAUAUACAUGUUUGUGGCGAGUUUCUCAUGCUCAUGGGCUGUGAUUAUUAAAAUAUACGCAUGCGAGAUAAUACCCACACGGCUUCGCGCAAAAGCAUGUGCUGUCCAGCAGCUCAGUAAUUGGCUCGUCAAUUUCACUGUUGCGCUUACUACGCCGCUUUUUCUACGGGCUUCUCCAAGCGGUCCAUAUUUCCUCUUUGGAUCAGCAGCGCUGUUCACCGCAGCCGUCUGCCAUUUCUUGAUGCCGGAGACUAAAGGGAAGAGCUUGGAAGAGAUCGAGGACUUGUUUGAGAAGACACCUCAGGUGGUGGGUCACUCUGUAUCGAUAAUAACGUGAUUGUCUCUGGUUUGUGAAUUGCGUUACGCAUCUUCGUUCUGUAUUCCAUAUCAUUCUGGUAACGCUCAGUAUGCCACAUACAUGUUCUAUCAAUGACAGCGCAACAGUGAUAGAGUGCCAGCGGC